ACGAAUAUCACGUGACUUUGUUUACGUACUUGAGUACACACCGGUGGGUUUUAUUUUAAACGUAAAUAAGGGCCUGCAUGUUGCGGGGCUCUGUGGGCGUAUUUUUCUUUAUUUCAGCUUAAAUCUAAUGCUUUUUAUAAAACACAGCGAAACGAGAAGGUGCAUUCUAAUCAAUUUUAUGCAGUCGGGAGCAGGAGAGAUGAUCUGACAAAAUGCCCGGUGGAGCGACGUACCCCCUCUUUCAGUUGGUGCGUUUGAUGUCCAUACGAGAUGACGGAGACACGGGAAAGACUACUAUAGUGAAUAAAUAUGCUUGGAUCGAGGCUGGAGAAGACAACUUGUUGGCUUUGUAUAACACCAAUGGGUACCUCCUACUUAGGUAUGCCUCAUCAGGAAAAGUACCCACCUGCCAACAGUUGACGUGGCCACAAGAAAAACCGAUCUGUACCAUGUGCUUUGACCCCACAGUAUCAUGGCUGCUGAUUGUAACUGAAGAUGCCACGCUUUUCAUCAUUCCAGCUCGGUCGAUUCUGGACAAGUCAGCUCGAGUCAAUCAGAUUUGGAGCUUAGAUGAUGUCACAAUCACCAAAAUUAAGAAAACUAAAGGUCUUCCUUCAGCUGUGAUAUGGUGGCACACACUGGAUGAUCAACAAAUCGCCAUUAUUGGCACAAAGAGUGGAGAGAUAGAAAUCGUUGAUUUGAUAAAGCGAUGUAUUGUGAACGAGUUAGAAGUAGAUGGCAGUAUUGUUAACCUUGACCUCAUCCAAGAUGAUCAACAGAUGGCGACCUAUCUUUUGAUAACUGGACAAGCUGGGAUCCAGUGGAAACUUUUACUAGAGUCCAGGAUAUCAGAGGUGGUCAAGUUUGACCUUGAGGUUACUGACCUUGGAUAUGACCAGAUUGAUGGUCGUCAUUUACCAGUCAUUAGUGUAACUGCGGUCACAGAGGAGACGAAACAAAUCUUCUUGCCGCUGAGACUGUACCAGUUCCAGAGAUCUGUGGCACUGAGUCCACAGAAUGCCAAAGGUCGGCACUUCAUAGCCGCCCACGACAAUAAGUCUUCAACGUAUCAGGUCUUUGACAGCAAUAUGGAGCACUCUCCAUUGUUUGUGUACAAACUACCACUCGGUGCGUGUAACAUCAUUCUCAGUGAUAAAACAAUCUAUACAACUACCCGAUUGGCUGGGGAGAAAAAGCUGUUGGUAAUAGCCAAUCAAAAGGCAGAAACUUCAGUAGAGGAUCAAAAGGAGUUCAACAAGGAGGCUGUUCUACAGCACUUUGAUUUACCAGUGGAUGAGAAGCUGUUGACUGUGGUAAAGAAAUCCUUUCCAUUUUAUUGGCACGACAAGCGAGAGGAAAAUCUGAAACAACAGAUGUUAAAGAACAAGGAGACAGGACUAUGGGAUCAGGACGAUGACAGAAUUCUGGGGACGUAUGGAGGAGCGUACAGGUCAUUUGAAAUCCAGAUCAAUGGUCACACCGUGCUGAAUGGUUGUCUCAUUAUAACAGAUUCAGCUGUGUAUGAACUGAGGCCAAGAAUUUCUCCUGAGCGUCUUUUUCUGGACCUGGCCCUGGGUAAGUCGGAGGGUGGCGUCACUGACAAUCUAGGGAUAGCACUGGGUCUAGAUAUCAACACUCUCUAUGAACUGUCAGCUGAGAACUGUGUACAGAGCCAGAAUUACGACAGGGCCAUCAAACUCUUCAAAAUGGCCAAGUCCUCAUUUAUGAAACGUGUAUCCUGCUUUGCCAAGCAUGGUCGUGUACAGGAAGUGAUGUCACAUCUGCGGCUGGCGCUUGGGGAUCGUGCUUCUGAUUUGACUACAGUGGAGAAAAAACAGCUGUCUAACAUGGCGAUAUACUGCUACAUUUACCUCCUCAAACAGGGAGCUGGCGAAGAACGACUCAAAGACACAUUUCUAGAAUUUCUGAUCAGCAAUUUCUUCUAUGAUGAGCAAAUGACACUUGGUAUAUUAGCAGAGAACAAUCUGACGGAUGUUUUAUUAGAGGUGGCCAAGUCAAGAGGUCUUCUGAUAGAAGCCUUGAAUCUCCUGGCUAAAAACAAUCACUUUACGUUACAUCCAGACAUGAUUACGGGACUUGUGGCCAAGGGCUUCAGUAAUCACAUGAUACAAGCUUCCAAAGGUGUCUUCCUCGAGUUGAUGUCUCCGUCCUCAUUGGUGGAGCUGUUGUGUGGUAAACCAGACCUGGCCCUCCGAUGUUAUCGCCUCUUUCAGCCAGUGUUACAAGAAUUAGACGUGUCUCAACUGGAAACAUUGGCUCAGGUGUUUGACCCGUCACGGAGUCCACUGAGGGUCCAGCUGUGUAAAUACAUGGGUUCUAGACACAGAACUGCCAGCAUAAGUUCCAUAUCUAGCGAUGGAGAAUCGGGAAUACUGGUGGAUGGAAUGACUGAUGUCAGUAAGCUGGUGGAGUUUUUCCUUUACAUCGUAAUUCACCUCAACAGGAGGAGGGAGGAAGAUGGAGACAGACUGCCAGUACAGGAGCUAAUGUCCAUCAGCACAAAGGAAGUCAGGCAGAGGGCCGGCAGUCAUAUACAUGCAAGUCAACCAGUCCCGAGAAGAAAGCGCCUGUCCUAUCAGCCUCGACCAAUAGGGGCGGGGCCACAGCAUGUAGCCCUUGUCAGGAAUGGUGACCUCUUUACCUGGGGAAGAACGUCACAAGGGAGGUUAGGACAUGGUGAGUUGGCACUAGAGAACACCGUCUCCCCGCCAUGUCGAGUGGAGACCCUUCACAUGCUUCAGAUCAGAGUUUUGUCUGUUUCCUGUGGUGGGGAGCACACAGUGGCACUAACACAACAAGGGGUAUAUGGGUGGGGCUCAUCUAGGUAUGGCCAGGUGGGGACAGGUACCACUCACAUCUACAGCCGACCUAUGCAGGUGGAGGCCCUGUCCUGUGCUAGCUGUGUGGAUGUGGUGUGUGGGCAGUAUCACACGCUCGCCCUCACAGCUGAGGGAGAUGUGUACAGUUGGGGCUGGGGUGUACAUGGACAGUUAGGUCAUGGCAGUGUGGAGGACGUGUUGACUCCCACUAAGGUUGCCGACUUGACCCCGUUACAUGUGUCCCACAUUCAGGCAGGGCAUUGCCACUCACUGGUGCUAACAGAACAGGGUGCUGUGUAUGCCUUUGGAUGUGGUUUCUUUGGCCAACUGGGCUUAGGCAACAACAAAAAAUCUUCUGUCCCAGUUAAAGUAAACACACUGCCAGAGAAAAUUGCCAUUGUAGGAACGAGAUAUUUCCAUAAUGUGGCGGUUUCAAUGAGUAACAAAGUCUACACAUGGGGAUGUCAUCCUUACAACCUGAGGUUUGUGACUCAUGCAGCCAGGAAAGCUCGCCAGGCAGGGAAAUUUAUGGGGGAUCCGGUGGAGCGUUACCUUCUACCAGAAAGUGUAGACACAAGUUAUGUCCAUGGACGAAUUACCAAGAUUGCCGUGGGGAGUUCCCAUGGUUUGUUGAUGACGCUGGAUGGAGAUGUGUACAGCUGGGGACGUAAUAUGGAGGGACAGAUUGGCAACAACUCCAAACAUGAAAUGAAACAACCAAACAUCAUUACACAGAUCAAUGAUCGUCAAAUGGCUCAUCUAGCUUCUGGAGGAGAGUUUAACGUAACCAUGGAUACCGAGGGACUGGUGUGGGUGUGGGGAAAGAAUGACUUUGGACAGCUGGGAAUGGAUAGAGUAGAUCCUUCUAGUCCAACGUCAGCCAAACACACCAGAAUACACACCCACCACAGGCAUCGGGAAACUACCACCUCACUGACAGAGAUACUGGCUCCCAUGGUGUGUACUGGUAUCCCGGCCCCAAAACCUGCCAGCAGGAUAGGCCACAUUAGCCUGUCCCAGUCCGACUCUUAUGACAGCAGUGAAGAACACCGGAUGGGGAUGGAGAGAUUUAACGAGCGCCACCUGGAUAAAUUAAUGGAUCUCCAGACACUGACAGAAACAAAGUACAGCAGACUCGUAGUUCUGGAAGUACUAGAGCACCUGUCAGACUUCUGUCACUGUAUACAGCUACUACGGAAGUGUGUGGAUCUCAAGGAUUGGCUUUGUGCUGCCUAUGUGUGCCUUCAUGAACAAAACUAUCCACAGGCAUUAACCUUUCACCUCUCUGCACUGAAGAAAUACAAGCAGCAAUUUGACGAGAAAUUUAAGGUCAUUGUGUCUGCAAUCACAAAUCUCUAUCUCCAACUCUGUGUUAAACAAGAUUUGCCAGCAGGACAAAAGGAAGAAAACUACAGGAUUUUGGUCAUGGAGAUGCUGCAGUUCUGGAAGGCAGAAGAACUGAUGUCCAGUGACUUAGAAAAGUUACUGACCCCUUACCUAGAUCACCUCUCCUGUGUUCUGUCGGUCAUCAUCUUCUGGCCGGCGUCCUGUGAGAAAAGUACUGUUGCAGAACCCAAGCUUUCUUUCUCAACAAAAUUCUCCCUGACAGUUUUACAAAAUGUUGUCAAGAAAAUCCAUUCAUUAGACUUUGAGAAAAAGCAUCCAAUUUGUUACCAAGCUUACCGGGCUGUAACCAUGGAUAAGAAUGGGGGUCAAGGCCUUGACCUUCAACCUAGUGAAAAGAUGAUACCAUAUCAACAGCUUUGGCAGGAUGUGGUACAGAAUCUGCAAAAAGGAGCAGAGUCUCGUCAGUUCAUCACCAUGACUCGCAGCGAGGUGGAUCACCUAGAUGAAAAACUUCACAACGACCAGCCAUGCGAAUCAAGCCAGGGCAGUAACAGUGUUUUGUUUACAUGUGGCCAUUACUAUACAAAACAGAAUUUCAUGGAGGAGGUAUUGGUAAAGUUUCAAAAAGAAUUGUCUCAAGGUCCUGAUCGUUUACCAAACAGUGCCCAAGUCCUACAGAAGUAUUACACCGGUAGUGAGUUACUGCCCCUAGCCUGUCCUAGGUGUGUUCUUAAUGCUUUGCAUUCUGUGGGGAGUUAGUGUAUGGGAUGAUCAUUAACAUAACACCAUGAAACUGUGACAUUUUGACAUGGUUCAUUAAAUCAGAUGAGGAUGAUAGUAUAAAUCCUUAAUGUAUACCAAAGCCCAUAUCAGCAAGCUUGAUUAUAUGUGAACAGUUUUACAGUGCAAUGAAGAGUUUGUUUUAAGUUAUCUUCUUAUUACAUUUAUUAAUUGUUGUAUAAUUGUACUCCAUAUCAUAUCACAUGCUCAAAUUUUUAUUGAUUAUUAAUGUAAUGUUAUUUGUUGCCUCUUUCAAUGUUAAACCAAUGAAUACCGGUCACUGUACAUGAUUUGUAAUGUGUUCAUAGAUUGUGUUAAUUGUUAAAUCUUUAAUUAAUGUCCAGUCUGAUGAAUGGGAGAUCUGGCUGUAGUCAUGUCAAUUUCAAUUUGUGUCAAAAUAUAUUUUUAAUUUGAUUUUUAGUUUAAAAAAUCAGAGACAUAUAUAUGGAAUAUUUUAUUUUAAAAAAUUUAAGCAUUUUAAAUGUUUGAACCAAAUUGUUAUUUACAUGAGUUUCAAUUAUUGUCAGAGCACAAGCUGUGUACUCUCUCUCUCUCUCUCUCUCUCUCUCUCUCUCUCUCUCUGAUUCAAGGGGUUGUUCAGCAGUCAGCACUCUACUCUGGAAAAAAUUCAGACUAUCACAGUGAUGUAAUUUAUGACCACUUGAUUUUGUUUGUAAUCUGCUGGAGGAGAAAUAGAAGGUCCCAGUGUUAUAAACUGUAAACUUAACAGAGGGUUGUAUCAAUACCAAAUCAAACGGUGUCACAAGAUUGAGAUUAUUUUAUUACCUGAAAUUUAACUCUUGGCCCACAAAUAGAAGCACAAAAAAGCGGAUUUUGGUGGUGGAUUUUAUUUAUAUAAUUUAUUAUUCGGACACAAAUGAUGUAAAACUUCAAUUUAUUAUUCGGGAGCAAAUAAUACAAAACUUCAAUAUCUGACAACCGAGCCCCUGUGUUAAUGGGGGCAUUACUGUUGCCGACGAUUAUAUUGAUUAUUCAUUAUGCUUCAUGAAAUGUUAUUAUUUCUUAAAGUCUAAGAACUUUUUCCAUGGAAAUUAAUAUAUAUUUACCCAUUGAUAUGUAAUUAAAUAUGAUAUAGUAAGGACUUCCGGUAUGUACAAAAAUAAAACGUACGUUACUGUCGCCAGAGCAGGUACCUUAUAACAGUGGUAUUAAAUUUAUGUACAUUACUGUCGCCAGAGCAGGUACCUUAUAACAGUGGUAUUAAAUUUACGUACAUUACUGUCGCCAGAGCAGGUACCUUAUAACAGUGGUAUUAAAUUUACGUACAUUACUGUCGCCAGAGCAGGUAUCUUUUAUUUCAGUAUCAGUAAUAUUAAAUUUACGCAUAACAGCAUUAUGUUUGCUUUUUAAAUAAAGUUGGAUAGCAUAAAUGAGACCAAAAAAAAUAAGACGUUUUAUGUGUAUUUCUUAAUUUUGGUAAAUGAAUGCUCUUCUAAAGUCAUAGAUUUCAACAUUUAAGAUAAUAUAGCCAUGUAUAGUACGUACUUGUUUCCCCAAUUGCUGCAUCCACAUGCAGUUUGCAGUCUAUGUAACCUGUCGUUAAUGUUGUAAACUUUCUUUCUUUUUUUUUGAAUUUCCUUCUUUAUAAAAUGUCUUCCUGUUAUGCCCUCUGGGCCCAAAAUUGGAAUAAACUUAUCUUAUCUUAUAGCCAUUAAUUUUCCGCCUACACAUUAGUUUUCGUCGCUAAUAAUGGUGGCUUUACAACUUUAAAAAUGUAACAAAGAUAGUUUCUUAUUAUCUAUAAUAAAAGUAUUUUCUAUGUGAUACUUUUUUACUGACAUUAUCCGAAUUUCAAUAUCGUGUUUUCUGAGCAUAUGGAUAAGAAUGAAAUCUACGGUACUGUACCUCAUGUUUUCAAAAAACGAGUUUUUCAAUGCAAUAUAUGCAGGGUGAAAAUUGUAUAAUACAUCUUGCGUAUUUGUAAUCAAAUAUAAAAAUUUAUGACAUGGCGUUAAUCUCAGUAUAUACUGUUUGUAUUGAUUAUUACCAAGAUUUAGAUUAAAGAUUUGUUUGUAACACAUACGUCUGGUAGCAAUGCUAGAUUGAUGAAAUGUUUAUGGAAUUCCAAUUCGAUACGAUGUUGCUCAGAAUCAAUGUGGUCCUAUCAAAUCAUUUACAAAGCUUUACUCUCUCCUCCCCCUACUUGCAAUAUUUUUGAGACAGUCAUUAUAGAAGACCUCCGCCCCAACGAGUUGGGGAUUUGAAGAUCGGUCUAAACAGCUUUUUAUUUUUACUUUCUUUGGGUUUUUUUUUUUUUUAUAUAUAUAUACUUAUUUUUUUCUGCCUGUCAAGAUGUUUUGAGGGGCCAAAACUUUCAAUUUGUAAAUCCAACCCCCACCCCCCUUCCCUUUGAAAAACGAUGAUACUGCCUGGUCAAUGGAUAAUUAUUGUUAGGCAGUUUAAUGAUUAUGAUAGCACCAUAUAAACAUUUUCAUUUUUAUUCAUGUUUGCAGAAAAUGUCACUCAGCAGAGCGGAAAUAAUGACGAAACUCGACACAUAUAUUGUUGAGUUUCUAUAGAAAUAAUGUUAAAAUUAUACUUCUUUUGUCAAAUAUGCCUUCCGGGGCCCUUGAUUGGUCAAUAAAAUAUCUUGUGUAUACCAAAAGUAUGGAAACGUGAAAUGUACGUUAUCUGUUAGAACACAACGAGUGCUGUAAAAAUACGCAGUGUUAUUUUUGUCAAAUUCUGUUCAAAUUAGAAUUGUACGUUACUUUCAUUAAAAUGCAAUAAAAUAUUGAACAACACAAAACUUAA